UAUGCAAAGUUCUCCCCGAUGGUGUUGAUCUGUUGGCAUCAUGGCUGGAUCAAAGAUCAAGGAAAAUGGAGCUUUCAGAAAAAAAAGGUUGGCCAGCUAACGCUCUUGAGUUGGUCAGAGUCCUUCCAGCUGCAACUUAUGAUUCGUCAGCCAAAAAAGAUUCUAAUACAACUUCAAGUAAAGAGAGUGGACUGGCACGUCUUGCUGAACUAGUUCAUGGUCUGAGUGAGCUGCAAGAACUGCAUGAAAAGUACAGUUGUCGCAUUGGUCUUGCUGAAUACACUGAGGAGACAACAAAGACUAUCGUGUUUCGACUUCUUGAUGGUGUCAAAGCUGCUGAGCUUCUCCCUCAAGCCAUGAAGAAGUACAUU